CACCGGUAGUGGAAUCCUAAUAGUGUUAUUAUUUUUUUCAUAUUCCCACUUUUCACUACCGAUCUAGGAUUCACCGGUAGUGGAAUCCUAAUAGUGUUAUUAUAUUUUUCAUAUUGUCAUUUUCAUUCCCAAUUUUCAUACGCGUUCAAUCUCCCUCCCACUGCAAACUCUCCAUUCUCAAUCGUCCCAAGUUCUUCCAAAUCGUCCCAAGUUCUUCAAAUCAAACACUCCAAUUUCCCAAUCAUUCUCCAAUCUCUCCAUUCUCCAUUCUCCAUUCUCCAAUCUCUCCAAUUUCAUUCGGUUUCAUUCUCCAAACCCUAGAAUGCUUGAUUCGCCUCCAAAUUUCUUCGUUUUUAUUCGGUAAAGGGGUUGCUGUGUUAGGCGGUGAUUGCUGCUCCUGCGUUAGGCGGUGAUUGCUGCUCCUGCGUGUUGCUUGUGCUGUGCAGGGGCUGGUGUUGCUCUUUUUUGGUGUUGUCAUCUUUGUUUGAAGUUAGAAGGUUCAAUCACGGUCUCAUCUACAGAUACGAUAUGGCUGAUUCAACCGACAACUCUGCUGAAACUAGUCAACGUAAUAAAAAAAGUGUUAGAGGUCCCACUAUGUUGAAAGCAAUUGAAAACGUUCGUAAAACGGGUAUAAAGAUCCCUCUCCAGUUUGAUCUAGAAACUGGAGAGUGUUAUGGUAACAAUGCCUCCCAUUUUAAGAGUUACGUAGCACUUCUUACUCGAGAAAGAUGCAGUAUUGCGAAAGAGUUGUGGAAACAUAUACCUGAAGGAGUAAAAAAUGCUAUGUGGACAGAUAUUAAGGCUAUUUUUGUUAUACCCGAGUUUGAUGAUGCAAAAAGGAAUGAUCAUUUUAAGAAAAUAUGGUUUCACUAUGCGGCGGAGCGGUGGAAAGAUUUUAAAUCACGGUUGACUAGAACUUAUAUCACAGACCCCAAACCAGAUGACGUUCCUCCAUACGUCAAGUAUCCUUACAUCAAAAAAGAUAUAUGGGAAGAGUUUGUGAAGUAUCGACAGACCUCUGAUUUUAAGGAAAAAAGUCAAAAGGGUAGGGAGAAUCAUGCAAAGAAUGUUUACCCACAUGUAUUAUCCCGUGGAGGGUAUAAGAGGCUCGAGGAGCAGAUGAUCAAUGAAAAGAGAUUGUCCUUAUCGAAAGAUAGUUCUGGCUUAACUGAUGAUGAUCGUCAUCCAUCUCCACCGGAACGCUAUGAGACAUGGACGAGAGCACGACAAAAGAAAGGGGGAGAAUUCACAUCCGAGCCUGUAAAAAAAGUUGCUGAGAAAAUUGAGAAAAUUGUUGAAGACUCAAAAAAGGGUGACUUUGUUCCAACGGGACGUCACGAUGUCCUAGCAGAAGCCAUUGGAACACCUGAGCAUGGUGGUAGUGUUCGUGGUGUUGGAAAAAAACAUAACAUUACCACUUACUGGGGAAGAUCAAAGGUUUCACGUCAAAGUCAAGGUAUAGAUGUCAAAGAGCAACUAGCAGCAUUUAAAGCAGAUUUGGAAGCUAAGUUUGAGGAAAAGUUGGCGCAAGAGCGUAAGAUGAUGCAAGAUUCUCUUAUGGAGACACUAAAGUCCAUGGGUUUAUCCCAAACCUCUGAUACAAAUAAUAGAGUCAUGGUACCUGAAGCGCAAACUGAACAACUUGUUGUCACCGGAAGCGCAAAAGGGAGUUGUUCUCCUGCACCGGUCAAGAUGCAAAAUGAACUCAAGGAGGUUGUUGUCACUGAAAGCGCAAAAGGAAGUCGUUCUCCUGCACCGGUAGCAGAGGCUCAAGAUAACAUGGACGAUGUUCAGAAAUUGUUAAUCAUGGUUCUGAAAAGGGGUGAUGAUCAUUUGGAUGUAGAAUUAAUUCAUUGUUCAAUGUGUACUAAUUUUCUCAUGUCUUGCAAGUGUAUAAGAGAGUUGUUGGUGGGUUCUAUUUGGCUCGACAUGAGUACUCUAAGUGUUUGGUGCUCGUACAUUCAUCGUUUAUGCAUUGAAAACAACACCACAAAUGUAUAUGGAAUUUUGGAACCAACUUUUCUGAACAUUGUUGGUGAUGCUGGGAAAAAAAGUGAUCAGAGAAUAUCUCAAAGUAAAUGCAAGAAAUACAUCCAGCAUAAGUUACAAAAUGAAAAGAAAGAGUGUCAAUUAUUACCAUUUAACCAUGCGUAA